AUGAUGAUGAUGAUGAUGUCUACUAAUAAAUCAUCUACUACUACUACUACUACUACUACUACUACUACUACUCCUCCUCCUUCUAGUUCUUCUGCUUCAUCUCAUGUGUUAACACCUACAAAUACUCCAGCUAGUAAUAAUAAUAACAACAACAUAGCCACUUCUAAUUUAAGCACGUCAUCUUCUUCAGAACUAGAUUUAGCACCAUUACCACAACCCCUUUCAAUUACUCAAGAGCAAGAACAACAUUCAGAACAAAAAGCAUCCAUCACGCCUCAUUCUUCAAAUUUACCCCAGAUUAUUUCUUCUCCAUCAUCAUCAACUUCACCAACUAAUAAUAUGUCAAAGGAAGAUCAAGAACGAAUUUUAUUCAAAGAAAAAUCAUUAAAUGAAAUAAAGCAACAAUGUUCAAGGUUAAUCCAUGAAUUAGAAGGUAAUAAUAAUCCAGAAUUAAUAAUCAAACAACAUAUUAAGCAAUUGAAUAAAUAUAAUGAUUUAAAAGAUUUAGCAUUACAAUUGAUUUCAUUAAUUGCAAAUCAAAGAAAAGUCAAAAUUAAUGAUAUUUUAAAUGAAAUGAAUUUAAAAUUAGAUGAUAAUGAGGAUAAUGAUACUACUACUACUACUACUACAGGAGCCAGCAGUAGUAAUGUUAAUGUUAAUGAGAAAUGA